AUGAAUUCUAAAUUCCAGCGGACAGUCUGCGAAGAAAUCGAGAUGGUUGAGCUGAGCGGAAGCAGCCAACCAACAGUGAUGUUAGGGCAACUAAAUUCCGGGGGGCUACCAAACCUAAUGACGUCAGUCCCAGGAUCAUCCUCGUCCUCGUCAACGACGACAGCUGCGUCUUCUUCGACAACGACGACCAGUCGAGCAGGAGUCCUCGAGACCCAAGUAAGAGGCCAGUGGUACCGAGUGUAUGUGUCCCUGGAGGAUGACUACCUGAGUAUUUCCCUGGACGAGAGUUAUGAGCACAUACUGGGGAACGGCGGCCCCCUCAACGGGAACCUCAAUAACAACAACAUUGACAGUCUGAACGACCCUGAUGUUCCCGAUUCAGUUGCAAAUCAGAAACGCAUUGUUCGGGUGGUCAAGAGUGACAAUAACGGGCUGGGAAUUUCAAUAAAAGGCGGCAAGGAGAACAAAAUGCCGAUUUUAAUUUCGAAGAUCUUCAAGGGAAUGGCGGCAGACGCCACCGAGCAGCUGUACGUCGGCGACGCAAUUCUCGCGGUAAAUGGCGAAGAUUUAAGAGAAGCUACCCACGAUGAAGCUGUCAAGGCUCUUAAGCGGGCUGGCAAGGUUGUGGAACUUGAGGGUAAUUGUAAAUUCAAACCGAGUUUAUUCACGGCGGUGGACUAA